UUCCUCAUUGGAGAAAAUGGACGCGUUACAACUGUCCCCCGGUGUCCCCUGUGGAUUUUAUCUUCAUGUUUUUGUACAUAUGCACCCUCAAACCAGGCUAAUUCCUGGUAAGUGCUCCUGGCCUGGUAGUAUACUGGCUGGGCUUGUACUUGGAGGGUGAAACCCCCCUGAGAGUGAAGGGAACCGGGCUGGAGGAGGGGUUUAAGUCCCCGCUCCGUCCCCUCCGCCGUCUGGCUGCAGACGGGGGACAGACGGGGGACAGGCUCCCUGGCGCUGGGUGAAGGAAGACGCUGUCCCCGGCUCGCGGACCCAGCUGGGAUAAACUUGCAUCGUUUUCGUCACUUUUUGGAGAAUGAACCCAGCUGCAGCUGGAGCAGAGGAGCUCGGACACGCUGCGACUUCCUGCAACUUAUCUUCGAGUUUGGAGGAGCUGAGAUGAAGAGAAGAGCCUGAGUAUCUCCAGCGAACAAACCAGAGGUGUUUGAGUGUCUGUUGUCCUCUGCAGUGGAGACUUCCAGCUGGUCACCAUGUCCCUGUGGAUGAUCCUUCCUGUCAGCCUGCCCGUCUUCACCAUCACCGGGAUCUGGCUCGUAUAUGUGAUGGCCCUGUACAACCAGCAUGUCUGCCCUGUGCAAAACACGCUUUAUAAUGACUCGUGUGAGGCACUGCUUCCACUCCAGAGGGGUCCAGUUCUGUGCUGCACCCUGGACAACAUCCCCCUCAUCAGUAAAUGUGGAACUCUGCCACCUGAAAGCUGCUUUUUCAGCCUCAUCUGCAGCACUGGAUCCUUCAUGGUGAUGCUGAUCGGCCUGCUGCGCUACGCCCACGUCAUAGAGAAGCACCACAACUGUGUCCUGAACACGGCGGGCCUCUCCACCUCCUGGAUCUGCGCUGCCGGUCUCAUCAUGGUCGGAAACUUCCAGGUGGACUUUGCCAAAGUCCUGCACUACGUCGGGGCCGGGGUGGCGUUCCCCUCCAGCAUGCUGUUUGUGUGUCUGCAGUCGGCGCUGACCUACCGCCUGGCCAAGACCCAGGGGGAGUACCGGGUGGGUCACCUGCGUGUGGGCAUGGCCCUGCUGGCCCUGAUCGCCCUGGUGCUCAGCGGAGUUUUCUUUUGCCAGGAGAGCUUCGCCCUGCAGCACGCCUCCGCCAUCUUCGAGUGGAUCUACUGCAUGCUCAUCAUGCUCUUCUACGGGACUUUCGCCUUCGAGUUCAACAGGAUGUCGGGGGACACGCUGAUGGUGCUGUCCCGAGGAGGAGGAGGAGGAGGGGGGGGGUUGCAGAGCUUCUCCACCUCUGAGAACAAGACGGAGGUGGGCGGAGGCGUUGGCGGCUCCAACCACCACCAGCCAGAGAGCUUAUCCAUGCUGUAACUGCAAACAAGCGUCAGCCUCCCCUGGAGUCCCAAGGGGGACACGUGGGCCAGUCUGGAAGACACCAACAUGGAGCCUGGAGCCUGGAAGCUGCACCCUGCGUAUCGCCGCGCCCCCCGUUGCCAUGGUGCCAACGCUCUUCUGCUCAGCCAGGACCAAAGACACCGAUGGUCCGAUGCCAUUGUUUGCUUCCCAAAACCGAUCGCGAUGCCUGAAUGUGUGUACUGGCCGAUACCGAGCAGGGAUCAAAGCCAAUACCGAUUAUUAGUAGUUAACGAAACCGGUAACGGAUAUUUGGGACAAAUAUGCUUAAUUACUAUGAAAAUGUAAUUCUUUAAAUCCAAAUUAGGAUUUUGGAAUGUUACCAACUCCAAUGCAACCUUUCAUUUAACGCUUUAAGCAAUUAUUUAAAUCUAUAAUGUGUUAAUUUUGCCCCCUUGAAGAAUUCUAUGUAAUUUCAACAAAAACUGGUGCGUCCACAUGAUACAAGCCUACUGCCCCUCCCUCCACACAGUUGCUAGUAGCCAAGGAGGACACAGAGGAUACAAAAAACAUGAUGGACUCUCUAGAAGAGGUCAUUAUCUUCACUCUUAUUUCUACACGCGAAUGUCGCUGGGCGACACAAUCUUCUGAACAUAUAGGGGUCACACUGAGAAACCCAGAGAGAGUUGUGUGGAGCUGAUAGUCUUCAUUAGCUUUGUAGCGACUCAUUUGGCUUGAAUGUAACGGACGUUCAUUAAUAUCUAAAAGUUACGCAUUGAGGCUUUAAUAAAUUAGAAGCUUUCAACAUAAUCCCCAGCAACAGAUAGUCAGAUAGUGUUUUGGGGCAUUAAGUCAGACUCAGCGGUGAGUGAAACCAAAGCAGAGGGACAGACCCAGAGCUGUAGCCGAGCCAACGCAGCACUUCUUUUAAUUAAUUAAUUAACUUUAGCGCUCAUCAGGCUAUACAACGCCGUUACAGUUAACCUGCAAGCUGCCAAAAAACGACCGGAUUAUCGGCCUGUCCCCAGAGGCUCUGACACACCAACCCGACGGCCAACCUUUGGACUGAUUGCCUAGACCUGGACCUCCUAGUUGGUCCAGGAAGUGCCUCGGAGCACACCGAAGCGACGCCGACUGGAGCGUACGUUCUGCACGAGACGGGAGACGUCUCCGUAAGGCAGCACGGUGGCUAAGUGGUUAGCACUUCUGCCUCGAAUCCAAGUCGUUCCGGGCCUUUCUGUGUGGAGUCUGUAUGUUCUCCCCGUGUUUGCGUGGGUGCUCCGGUUUCUUCCCACCAUGAAAGACAUGCAUCCUAGGUAGGACUUCAGUUGAAAAAUAGCCAAUUGGCUAACACGGCCGCAUUUACAGAUUUACAUUGUUAUUAGAUUACAAAUGUUAUUAAUGUGCAUUGUCCUAAUCAAAUAAAGCGGGCAGCGCUAAUCUGUAUUGUCGCCCAAAUAACAAAAACCGGCAGCUGAUUGGACAAACGCGUCACGUGGGUCUGGCUUCUCCAGAAUUACAAAGCCAGACCGUCAUGGCGGCUCGUUCUGAAUGCAAUAUCAUAUUUUACAAAAUACGAAAAGACUUGAGUCCCUGAACUCACCAGACUGUCCGACGGCUGAUAAUCGGGUUAGUGCGUCACAGCCCUAAUACUGAGCACCGAUCUGAUACCCGUGUGUUAAAAUACACAUAGUUGACUAUGUUUUAACAGCUGUAAAGCAGGCUGCCAUCCCUGUAAGGGUGGGACAUUUCUAUCCCGGAUGUCGGCCUGGCUCAGGUUAAACUCUCUGUGAAACAUGAACACAGUGAACGCCAGAGAACUUUCUUUCACCAUCAAGUUUGACAGUGAGUCAUAAAGUAAAAAGAACAUAAUAACCUACUUCAAAGAUUUUCUUCAGGGCUAAAUUACAUGGUAUAGGACCAGUACUUAACAAUACCAGUAAUUUAGGCAGUAUUGGAGGCUUUUCUGGUAACAUGUUUCUCACCAGAAACACACUAAACCAAAGACUGAAACACUCUACAGGCUCCUACCCUAACCCUAACCCAUUGCACAAUUUCAAAAGUGCCUUUUUGAACCAUGACACACACACACACACACACACACACACACACACAGUUGUCGCCAUUUGUUUUAAUUCUCUUAAUAUAACAAUCACUCUGCAUUCUCAGCCAAAAGUGGCCUUUUCUCAGACAGGACGUCCCUGGAAGGGCUUCUGAUGCGGCGGCGGCGGUUGUUUGAAUUUUUAGACGUCCAGACACCGAGCUCCGUGUUGUUUUGUUAUCUCAGGAAGUGUUGUUACAUAAUCCGCUUUCGCUCUCUCGCUUUUGGAAGUUUUUCCAAAAGAUGUUAGACAACAGAUAGGACUAAAGGUUACUGUGUGCCAAGAAUAAUUCAUUUAAUGUGGUUUCAUGUUACUCUGGUAAAGCAUUUUGUGCAACUCUUUAUGGCAACAAGUCUCAUAUUGGCCAGAUAAGUUGUUAUCGGCAUAUUUUGUUGUUUGUUUGUCUGUCUGACAGUUUGAAUGGGACCAAACUACUCCGGAGGGAUGUUGUCAUGCUGUAUUUGAUCAUAAACAGAAAUACUUCUACAAGAAUGUAAAGUUUAAUAAUGUAUGCAGAGAAAAAAAGCAUUAAAGCAAGUAGUAAGAGGUAGUUUUUUAAAUGUUUAUUCACACAUGCUGCCUUGAAGAGAUAUGAAAUGCUUCUUGUUAAAAUGUUUUACUGUUGAAAAAUACAUAUUUACAUAAUUUUCCAGGAUUAAUGACGUAUGUGUGCAAAGAAUGAGAUUUUAGAUGAGAAACACGUCACACAAGGUUCCUGAUGUUCAGAUUUUUCUCUGAUUCCACGACAUUUUAAACACGUCAUUGUUGAUUUGUGCGUCUGCAGCUCUUCAUGACAUUCAAAUUGUAUAUGUGUCAUACAAUAUCCAACUUAAAACAUUUGUUUAGAAUGCAGGGUUGUGCAUUUAUUUCCAACUGAAACCCUAAAAACUAGAAAGACUGUCAGCCGAUAUGUACGGAGGAUUUGGGCCACAUGUGAAAAAUGUGUUUGAAUUCUAACUUUAAUCUCAGAAUAAUGUUUUUUAAAUU